CAUCUGCCAGGCAACGCCCGUUUCUCUAAGCUCUUGCCAUGUCUUCACUCGCCACCGUUGCCCUUCGAAGCUCUCGCUCUAUCGCUAGGAAGAGCGCCCCAUCCGCCGUCAGACAUGCCCACUCUGGUCCCAACAGCCACAUGCCAUUCAACUUCACGACUACAAGCAAACAAGCGCUCGGAUUGAAGUUCCUCGUCUUUUUUGGAACGGCGUUCUCUAUCCCGUUCGUUGCAAACUAUUGGCACUGGCACCGACCAGGAGGCAUCAACAACCCUUAAAUCUCACCUCAUUUCGCCAUCGUCAACGUUUCCACCCAGCCAUGAAGUCUUCGGACAGCCUUCUCAUUCCAACUAGCAUCGUUUUAGAACUGCCACGGCGCACCUUUCAGACGUCCUCAUCGUCUUGCCAUAUACCCCUUACGCCCCCUUUUAACGCCACUACUUGCAUGGACGAGGGUAGAAGAAUUACGAACUUGAUAUUCAACUUGUAUCUGUAGAUUUUCUCUCAUGUACUGAUUAUACAUUCCAUUGCCAGAUAAAUGAGUCCCUACUGGGGCACUCUACCGGUAGAAGUUUCAAUAAAAGAUUACAACGACAAAUCUGCCCGCAUACUGCUAGUGCGUGCUCGAUGCCUCAGGACUGCAACACUUUAGAAUCUCCUCCAUCAUCCAGCCUCUUUCAUACUUGAAGUAACAAUCAACGCUCGUAUCGAUUUUUUAUCAUCCCAUGACUACCUGGAAGACACCCCAAGCGCCCAUUAUAAAGCGCCCAGACUCGGACACAGCCACAAAGAAUGGACAGGGGCCAUUAAUGGUCAGCAAUCCUGCAUCAACCUGAAUAAGCUCAAGCAGCUUCGAUCGGUGCAACCAGUGGUUCUUAAUGCAGUUCCUGUGGUUCGAACAUGUCACAAGCCCU